AUGUCUGGAAUGACAAGUCAGCCGUCGAUCAAUGCAAUCAUCGCAUCUCUGAACGGCGGUGAACUCGACACUGGCUUGAACUCUGCCAAUGUUCGCAGUUUAGACACCUACUGGAGCCAGCUUCGUCUGGUCUACUCGCCCUUCGAGGCCCAUCUGCUUGGACCCGACCCAACUGUCUACGAGCACGAGAUUCCCGGAGGUCAACUUACGAACCUCAUCUUCCAAGCUACCACGCUAGGACUUGGCGCACAAUGGCUUGAGACCAAGAAAGCGUACGAACAAGCAAACAUGCUCCUCGGAGACAUCGUCAAAGUCACGCCGACCAGCAAGGUCGUUGGUGAUCUUGCUCAAUUCAUGGUCUCCAACAAGUUGAGUCCUGAACAAGUCGUGGACAAGGCCGGCGAGCUUGAUUUCCCCGGAUCUGUCUACGAGUUCCUUGCUGGUGAAAUUGGACAGCCAUCGUUUGGUUACCCCGAGCCGCUUCGAUCAAAGGCUCUCCGUGACCGCCGGAAAUUCGACAAGCGACCCGGCCUCUACCUCGAUCCCAUCGACUUCGAGAAGGUCCGCAAGGAGAUCAAGGAAAAAUACAAGUCGACUAGCGAGACCGACGUUGCUUCGUAUAUCAUGUUCCAGAAGGUCUUCGAGGACUACCAGAAGUUCAUCGCCACGUACGGCGACCUCUCAGUGCUUCCCACGAAAUUCUUCCUCAACAAGCCUGAGAUCGGUGAAGAGUUCCACAUCGAGCUCGAGCAGGGCAAGGUCCUCAUCCUGAAGAUGCUGGCUGUUGGCCCUCUAUCAGAUGAGACAGGUCAACGAGAGGUCUUCUACGAACUUAACGGCGAAGUCCGAGUGGUCUCGGUCGACGACAAGAAUGCGUCAGUCGAGAGCACUAGCCGGCCAAAGGCUGAUCCUGGCGACAGCAGUCAAAUUGGAGCGCCCAUGGCCGGUGUUGUGGUUGAAGUGAGGGCGAAGGAGGGUUCUGAAGUCAAAAAGGGAGACCCAAUUGCGGUCCUGAGCGCCAUGAAGAUGGAGAUGGUCGUCAGUGCUUCUCACUCAGGCAAGGUGAGCGACCUGAAGGUCAAGGAGGGCGAUUCAGUGGCUGGAUCGGAUCUGAUCUGCAAGAUUGCGAAGUCCUGA